CUUGUCUGGAGUCAGCGCCUCCUCCUCCUCCUCUUCCUCCUCCCCUUUUCCUCCUCAUCUUCAUCAGCGGUGGAGGAGGAAGACACGCUCGUCUUCUUCAGCGUGGUCCGCACUGCAGAGGGAUGAUGAAGAAGGAUCCAGAAGUGCCAUCAAGAUCUGCCAAGGAUGUGGCCUGGUCCUGGUCCUGGUCCUGGUCCUGCAGGUGAAGUCGUUGGCCACAAGACUCCCAUCUGGUCCUGGUCCUGGUCCUGCAAGUGAAGUCGUGGACCACAAGACUCCAAUCGCUCCUCCUCAUCUCUCCUGGGCGGCCAUGCCUGAAGACCACUUCCCAGCUGCUAGCGUGUUCCAGCUGAAGGUGUGGCAGGUCUAGACUUGGACCAUGCCAGCUGCUCCUCAGCUCAGGUUCUCCUCUCCUCUGGUCCUCAGCCAGGUGUGACCCCGCAUGGAUUUCAGGGAGAGGAUAGCGCUGACCCUCUGAUUGGACACCUCUUUCAGUAGAUUUUGUCCUCUUGUCCUCCAUCAUGGCUCUGAGGACCUCCUGACUCCGGCAGCUGAUGGUCCACCACUGCGUCCCGCCGUCUGAUGGGCGCCAGCGAGCGCGGGAUCCAUCUUGAGCUCCACAGCAGAACUUGAAGAAGAAGAAGUCCUCUCCCCCCCACUGUGUGCCGGUGGGGGGGAGGGUGGAGGUUAGGUGGUAGUUGUGUAGUGGUGUAGAUGUCCUCAGGGUGUGGACUACAAGGCAUCUCUGUCUGACUUGUUUUCUUUUUAGCCUGAGCUAAGUUAGCAUUAGCCAUGGAUGCUAAUCAGGGCAGCCCUGAAAGCCCCAACCGGGCGGUGGAGUACCUCCUGGAACUCAACAACAUCAUUGAAAGCCAGCAGAAGCUUCUGGAAACGCAGCGGCGGCGGAUCGAUGAGCUGGAGGUCCAACUGGACCGGCUCAGCCAAGAGAACAAGGACUUGCGCUUGGACCGCCAAGCCGCCGCGCCCCCUCCGGAACCCCCUCUGCCUCCCCCUCCGCCGCCGCCGCCUCCGGCCCCGUUCUCUUUGGCCCCCGCCAAGAACCACCACCACAACAGCCAAGCCCCGCCCAAGCCGCCGUCCUCCAUCCCGCUCUACCACAGCCACCACCACGGCGCCUACAACAGCACCAACGACGCCGCCAUACCCACGCAGAUCGCUCCACCGCCGCCCCCCAACCCUGCCCGGGGGCACAGCCGCCUGCGGCGAGUGCCAUCCACCAGCACGGGAACCAACACCAACUUCGUGGAGAAGGAGAAGGAGCGGCUGGAGCGCCUGCACAAAAGCAACGCCGCCAACAACCACCACGCGCACACCCUCCACCUCCACAAGACGUCUUUCUCUGCUAGCACCCCCGCCUCCUCAUGCCGUCCCUCCACCAUCACCAGUCCUUCCUCCUCUCUCUACUCCUCCAGUCUCCCUCCUAACAGCCACACCACCUACCAUCAGUACUGCUGCCCCGCGCGCCUCCGCCUGCCCCAGCCUCCCUGCGCCCUGCCCCCCGCCAAGCACCAGGAGCAGGCAAGAGAGGAGGACGAUGAUGACAUCGCCCAUCAGUUCUGUUGCCCCGCCUCCGAGUGCAGUAGCCCCUCCUCUAGGUAACCGGGGGCAACCACGAGCGCUCGAGGCCGCCCGACUUAACAGGUGAUUGAGGAGCUCCGCCCCCGUCUUUCUUCCUCUUUAGCACCUGGCCACAAAUUGGAAAAAGAGCAAAACUAUUGAAGCGGGCGCUGAGAGAGAGAAGUGACAUCACAUCCAACAACUGCUCAGCAGCCAAAAGAAAAGCUGCUCCCAGGGACCGUUGCAAAGUGUUGGUGCGUUAGGCCACGCCCACCAGGACCCAGGACCACAUGAAGAACCAUGGACUAAGUUCUCCUUCCUCACACCUUUCUUCUCUUUCUUGGCUCCAUGCUGUGCAUGUUCUCCUCAUCAUCAUCACACACGUUCAACAGUAACACUCCACUCUAUUGGCAACCACUACUUUCAGGAUGAUUUGAAAAGUAACACUCCACUCUAUUGGCAACCACUACUUUCAGGAUGAUUUGAACAAUAACACUCCACUCUAUUGGCAACCACUACUUUUAGGAUGAUUUGAACAGUAACACUCCACUCUAUUGGCAACCACUACUUUGAGGAUGAUUUGAACAGUAACUCUACACUCAAUUGGCAACCACUACUUUCAGGAUGAUUUGAACAGUAACACUACACUCUAUUGGCAACCACUACUUUCAGGAUGAUUUGAACAGUAACACUCCACUCUAUUGGCAACCACUACUUUCAGGAUGAUUUGAACAGUAACUCUACACUCAAUUGGCAACCACUACUUUCAGGAUGAUUUGAACAGUAACACUCCACUCUAUUGGCAACCACUACUUUCAGGAUGAUUUGAACAGUAACACGCCACUCUAUUGGCAACCACUACUUUCAGGAUGAUUUGAACAGUAACACUCCACUCUAUUGGCAACCACUACUUUCAGGAUGAUUUGAACAGUAACUCUACACUCAAUUGGCAACCACUACUUUCAGGAUGAUUUGAACAGUAACACUACACUCUAUUGGCAACCACUACUUUCAGGAUGAUUUGAACAGUAACACUCCACUCUAUUGGCAACCACUACUUUGAGGAUGAUUUGAACAGUAACUCUACACUCAAUUGGCAACCACUACUUUCAGGAUGAUUUGAACAGUAACACGCCACUCUAUUGGCAACCACUACUUUCAGGAUGAUUUGAACAGUAACACGCCACUCUAUUGGCAACCACUACUUUCAGGAUGAUUUGAACAGUAACACUCCACUCUAUUGGCAACCACUACUUUCAGGAUGAUUUGAACAGUAGCACUCCACUCUAAUGGCAACCACUACUUUCAGGAUGAUUUGAACAGUAACACUCCACUCUAUUGGUAACCACUACUUUCAGGAUGAUUUGAACAGUAACACGCCACUCUAUUGGCAACCACUACUUUCAGGAUGAUUUGAACAGUAACACUACACUCUAUUGGCAACCACUACUUUCAGGAUGAUUUGAACAGUAACACUCCACUCUAUUGGCAACCACUACUUUCAGGAUGAUUUCAACAGUAACACUCCACUCUAUUGGCAACCACUACUUUCAGGAUGAUUUGAACAGUAACACGCCACUCUAUUGGCAACCACUACUUUCAGGAUGAUUUGAACAGUAACACUCCACUCAAUUGGCAACCACUACUUUGAGGAUGAUAGUUGAAUGAGAGUUGGUGUAAAUGUGGCCAGUAGUGUCACCAAUGUACGACUUUGUCAACGACCUUGACAACUUGUUGACUUAUGUCCUCAACAUAACCUUGAAACAACAUGCUUUUUGAGGACGUUUAAUGGAUGUUAAUUUGACAUUGAAAUGUGAUCUUUCC